GAACUGCAUGAAUUUUGGGAACCUCAUUACAUUUUUGGGAGGUUCAAAUUUCACAUUCGGCAUAACGUCACUCUUCAUGAAAAAGGUUGUGUUUUCAUCAAACCUAGAGGAGUUGCAAUUGUGCUCGAUUGGGCAUAUUAACAUGAUAUGGCACAUUUCGAUGAUAUCUUGUUUGGAGAAACUGGAGAAAUUAAUUAUUCAUGACUGUGAAAAUCUCGAAUACCUACUCUCAUCUUCGGUUGCAUCGGAUUCAGAAGGGAUGAUCCAACUCCUCCUUCCAAAACUAAAGAGGUUAGAAUUGGGAGAUUUGCCCCAGUUGAAGAGCAUCUGUAGGGAGAGGGUAGCAAUGGUAUGUGAUUCUCUUGAAUGGAUUGUAAUUUGGAAUUGCUAUAGCCUAAGAAGGUUCCCUCUUUAUCUUCCCCAACUUGAAAAUGGACAACCAUCUUCUCCUCCUUCCCUCAAACAAAUCAUAGUAUGGCCACAUGAAUGCUGGGAAUCUUUAGAGUGGGACCAUCCUAAUGCAGAGCGUGCCCUUCUACAAUUCUGUGGAAGAUAUCAUUCGUUUCCUUUCAAAUUAAUAGAAGGGCGCAUUAAAAGGUUAGAGUUCACCGAUAUUCAUGUAGAUGAUACUUGGCUGCUACCAUCCGUACGAGAAUUAGUUCUUAAUCGAUGCAACUACUUAAGAAGCUUAAAUGAUAUCUCUUCCACUAAAGAUGCAGAAGAAUUGAAGUGCUGCAGGAUUUGGAACUGCAAAGGCGUGAAGUGUGUUCUUUCCUCGUCCAUAAAUCUACUGGCCCAAAAGCUUGAGGCUCUGGAACUUUUUAGUUUGGAAAACUUGGAAGCCCUUUUUGAAGCAGAGGCAAUUACCAAGUCACCACUACCACCUGACACUUUUUCAUCUCUUAAAACAAUAAGUGUUCGGCACUGUCAUAAAAUAAAGACGUUGUUGCCCUUUUGGAUGAAUCUUCAAAGUCUAGAAGAAAUUCGCAUUGAAUAUUGCGAUCAAAUGGAAGAAAUAAUAGUAUGGGAUGCAGAAGAAGCAGGAGGAGAAAACGAAGGGGUCAUCCAACUCAUUCUUCCAAAAUUAAAGAGUUUGUCUCUGGCAAACUUGCCGAAAUUGAAGAGCAUCUGCAGCAGGAGGGCAGUAAUGGUAUGUGAUUCUCUUGAAGAGAUUUGGAUCGACAACUGCGAGAGUCUAAGGAGGAUCCCUCUUUAUCUUCCCGUGCCUGACAACGGACAACCAUCUCCUCCUCCUUCCCUCAAACAAAUCGAAGUAGGGCCACAAGAAUGGGGGGAAUCGUGGUGGGAAUCGUUGGAGUGGGACCAUCCCAAUGCAAAGGAUGUUCUUCUCCCCAUCCGUAAAUUCACUCCGCUGUGGUCCUAAUUGUUUUUAAUCAACGAAAAAGAUGAAGAAGAAAUCACCUAUUCUCACUCUGCGACAGUCAUCUACACCAUGGCUCCCCUAACCGCUGUGGAAAAGGAAGUUGAGAUAUUCGCCUCUAUCUCUUCAUGGGCAUCAAGGAAUUUGGAUUCUCAAAAGACGGGCUUCGCAAUUCUCAAUUUGUAGUGCAUUGUGAGUUGUAUCAUUUUCUGUAACUGUGCAGUUUGGCACCCAUGAUGUAGUUGUAUUAAAACCAAACAUGGCUGAUUCAGGAGCUCUUGGACGAGGUGUAGUUUACUGGCUAAAGGUAAUUGUGAGUUUUGAAAGAUAUUUGGGCUACUCAGUUCAUUUUGUUUUUUCUAGUUAUGUGUGAUUCCCUUGAACUCUUCUGUUGCUGAUUUCAUCUUCUCUGCUUCUCAUGGUGGCUUUAAUUGUUGUACACACUUCUUCACAAGCCUGAAUGUAAUGGAACUAGUAUAGAAUUCUCAGUGAGACACUUCCUUGAUAUUGAUUUGUAAUCAAUUUUAUUACUAUGUUUUACACUUUUAUUGAUUUAAGCUUAUAAGAAUAAAGAAAUCCAAAUUAAUUUGUUGAUGUAGGUGACAUAUUGUAGGAUGAAGUAUGCCUUGAUACAGUUGAGCAAAGGUGUGCUAAAGGGACCUGCUGCAAUAUAGUUCCUGUCUUGUUUGGAGAGAGACUGCCAACAUUGUGAAAGAAGGACAUAACGUUCUCCCCUUUUAACUUCCACUUUGAUUUCUCUAAGGCGUGCAAUUGUUUACUUUCUAAGUUGUUUUUCUUUUCAGAUGACAAAUGGUUUCAAGAUGUAUAUCAUUUGGAGGCUAGUUCCUCUACAAGAGAGUGCACUGUGUAGAUAAUUUUGCUUUACAAAGCCAAAGUAAUACUGGUUUAUUUUUGAAAAAUAGGGAAUAAUUUUUUGUGUGUAAAUGUAAGGUUCAGUUGACAUUCUACUUCAUAAGAAACAUCUCAAAUUUCAGAAUGGUAAAUAUUGAGUUGAUUGAUUUACUUAAGGUUUAGUGAGACCCAUAGAUUCUAGGAAAUUUUGCUAUAUACAAUCAUUGUAAAUUUAUAAUAAAAGGAUCAUGUUUCGUUUGCUUCAGUGGAAUAUGUAAGAAAAGAAGCAUGAAGAAGAUAGCACACUGAAUGAAGG